CAGUUGUCGCGCGUUGAAGAGCGUGCCUCUAUCUGUGCAGUCAUUCUGUGAUUAUGGGAUAAAACAGGUUGAAUGCUAAUAGCUGUACUUGUUGCCGUUGAUGCGGGAAUCAGGAUUUUGGCGAAAACUGAAGAUGACUACCGAAGAAUCGUUCGCCUGUUCAGGGAGGAGGACGUGCUCCAUCCUACGUUCCCUCUUCCUUCAGAACGAAAUAUUCACGCGGUAGUCAGAGGCAUACCCGCAAUAUUUUCGGAACAGGAGAUCAAAGGGGAAUUAGAACAGAGGGGAUAUACUCCUCUCCACAUUAUCCGACUCAAACGCAAUGGCAUCGCACCCAUGCCUUUGGUGGUCGUGAUACUGCCCAAGAUUGAAAAGUCCCAGCAGCUGUUCAAUGAACAUGAGCUGCUGGGUCUAGCAAUCAGAGUUGAAGUUCAAAAGAACUCUAAACUUAUUGGGCAGUGCCACCACGGCCAAAGAUUUAUGGUUGAUGGAAAAACGGUAGAAGGAGUUUCUUCAAAUUCGAAAGUAUAA